UUACGUGGAUGUACAUUAACCGGACUCGAUUCUGCUCUACUCACAUGUCUUUAUUUUCCACGUGUUCUUUAGUUAGAGGUUUCUACAUAUUUUCCGAUAAUUUUGAACCACUCAAUUGUUGAAUUAGUUAUAAAGUCAGGGAAUAAAAAUGCCGAAAUCAAAAAGAGACAAGAAAGUUUCCCUCACAAAAAAAAAUAAGAAAGGUCUUAUUCUAAAACAGAAAACAAUAGAGGAUAUCCGAAAAUCUUUAUCUAAAUAUGAACACAUUUUUCUGUUUACUGUGGACAAUAUGCGCAAUACGAAGUUGAAAGAUUUGCGAAGUGAAUGGAAGGACUCCAGAUUUUUUUUUGGAAAAAACAAAGUUAUGGCCGUAGCAUUAGGCAGAACUAAAAGCGAUGAAGUUGAAGACCAAUUAAACCUUUUGUCAAAAAGAUUGAAAGGCCAAUGUGGAUUGCUUAUGACAAAUAGAGAUGUUCCUGAUGUCUUAAAAUGGUUUGAAGAUUAUGAAGAUACGGAAUUUGCACGGUCAGGAUUCAAAGCAACUCGUGAUGUAAUACUACCACAAGGACCUCUUGAAGACUUUUCACAUACAAUAGAACCUCACCUCAGACGUCUUGGCCUUCCCACAUCACUUGAACGAGGUGUAAUACAUCUAAUUAAGGAGUACCAGGUAUGCAAAGAAGGUGUUCCAUUAACACCAGAACAAGCAAGUAUAUUAAAACUUCUUGGUAUUCAAAUGGCGAACUUCAAAGUGACGAUGAAAUGUCAUUGGACAAAGGGUAAAGGUUUCCACAAGGAUCAGGAUGUGCAGAGUGAUCAAGAAGAUGGAAAUGACAGUGAAGAUGAUGAUAAUGAAGCAAUGGAAGAAGAUGAAACAUAGCUUAUAAGAUAGUUUAGUAAUAAAAUAAGUCUUAAA